GUGCUAGUACUAGUACUUAUCACUUAUUGUCUUUCUGUAAUAAUAUUCUUUUUAUCGUUGAUAGUACUGUAUGGUCACUAAGCAGUACUGCAUAAUAACUUGUGUAUAAAUACUUGCAUGACUGUAAUUUAUUUUCUCACAAACUCAAUUGAUUAGAAGAUUCCUGUGGCAUCUCUUAAAAAACAUGCGGCCCUUUACUUUAGCUUUCUCACAAGGCGAUGCCCACGCUGUGUAUUUAUUGCUGUCACACUGAGCUACAGUCAGCCUGGCAUGAAAUGGCACAGUGGCCUCAGUCUUUUAUUAUAUAUUUGAAGACUUCAAAGAAUCUUCGCCUACUUUCAUCUGCUGCCUCCGUCCUUUAAGACUGCAAGCCUCCUGUCAAAGCCACGUGCAUGACAACCACUGAGGCCACUUUUGAUUUUGUUAUUGAUGAUUGGAUUUAGUAAAAUAACAAUUUUGUGAUGUUAGAGGACACUAAAUUAAUCUUAAAGAGAUUAUCUGUUCUUCUCGAUGUGACAACAUUAUCUGCACACAUGCAAAGUAACUUUUACCAAUGUUGGAUUUUGGUUUAUUAACUGUUUACAAUGUUUGCAGUUUUUCUCAGUAAAAGGAAACGGAAUAUACAAAUACAUUAUUUAUUUAAUCUAAGUUUUAAUUUUGUACUUGUCAGCUGUCAAUCACAGUAAUCUGGUUGUCUGGCAGGCUAAAAAUAAAGCAUCGCUCUCUGAUUCCGUGAAGCUGCACACCGUUAGAAAAGAUGAACUAAACUUUUUGAAAUACCCCACUGUAAACGAAAAACCAAUAUAAAACACUCUCUAACAGCUUCUGAACAAAUACUGAAAAAACCUUCCGUAAUAAAAUGUUUUUAUUUUGAAUGAUAAUUUUACUUCUGAUGCACUCGCCAUGGUGAUUUCAAACAACUGGUUUGCAUUCAAUUACGGCAUUAACAGAUCACCCUUAAACUACGCUCAUUUCUGACAAUGCUGCGUCAUUCAAUUAUUAACAUUCCUUUACUUUAAAACGUUGACAGUGAGCAGCUGUAAUUUUGUUUAAGCGCUUCAUCUGACAGACUUUCAGGUCUUCGCAACUAAUUCGUGGUCCGUGCGCAUAAAAAAGGGAGCAGCGUAAAGGCACAAUGAAAAUGAACUACGCCCGGAAGUACAGUCUUUUAUUUGAAAAUAAAAAGAAUGGUAACUGUUAAGACAUGGACAAGGUUAAAAAAAGAAAGCGCUUUAUUGUGCACAAUAUUUGUUUUCAUGCCUAUAACCAUAUUUAAAAAAAUAAAUUCCAAAUAAUAACGAUUUUUUUUUACCCCUACGAAAGUUUAGGUAACUUCGAUGAAUUUGCCCAUAUAAAAAUUCUAUAAUUAUCUGCUUCUUUUAUAGUGAAAGGGCAAGGCGGAAGUGGAUUAUUUCCUUUGCUUCUCUCUUGUGGCCGCGGAUCAAAGACUCCAGUUUGGCUCCAGUCUCACUCCGCUCAGUCUGUUCUCAUGUCACAGACACUUCACUGACUGGAUAUCACAGCCUCUGCAUUUUUCUUUUCUUAUUUACAUUUGACGACUUUCUCUUUCGGAUUACAUUCAUCUGAUGCUUUUCAACUACACUUCGAUGCAUAGAAAUGGGUAAACUCUACUCCAAACAUGCCACUAUUUGUAAACCGAGGGAGAGUCCUGAAGGCGACAGUUUUGUAGUAAACGCCUGUUUGGCGCGGAAGGGCAUAGACGACUGGCUGGUGAAGCAGAAGUACUACUGCACCAGUCCCCGUCUGGAGCAGCAGGACUGCCACCACAAGAGAAACUGCGGCUUGACCGCAAGGGAUUCCAUUGAGCAAGCGUGUGCUGACGGUUUUGGUGACGAACACUUCCGCUUAGAAGUGGCUCUGCCCCCAGAGAAGACGGGCAGCUGUUGUGUGCAGGAGAAAAUACAGGAGAAGGCUGGACAGUCUCCCACAGGACUACAGAAGCAGCUCCAAAUUGAAGAGUUGGAGUGUGCGGUGUCCGUGGAGGAGGACAACAGACAAGAGUGGACUUUCACACUCUACGACUUUGACAACAAUGGCAAAGUGACUCGAGAGGACAUCACCAGUCUGCUUCACACCAUCUAUGAGGUUGUGGACGCCUCAGUCAACCAUUCUCCCAGCAGCAGUAAGACUCUGCGUGUCAAGCUGUCCGUGGCCCCUGAUUGCAGCCAGCGGUGGAGAAGUUGUACCCAAGGUGCAGCAGACUUGUCCAACGCCAGGGAGAAAAAUGACAAGUGUAUAGAAGACCCUAAGAGUGUCGACAAGAAGACCCGAGCCCUUCUAAGGCGCCACCACAGUGACCACCACACCCAGCCGGGCUGCCAGCGCCACUGUGUGGAUGAGAACCUGGAACGUAGGAACCACUAUUUGGACCUGGCAGGCAUCGAGAACUACACAUCCCGCUUUGGAACUGCUCCAGUCCCAGAGCCGGCAAAGGCUGAGCACCAGAACCGCUCCUCCAACCAGACUCGUUCACGCUCCCAUGAACCAGAAAACGGCCACACCCAUACCCACCACCGCCGGUUGCAGACUGUUGUGGACACUGUUGCUCUGGACAGCCUCCACCCUCCUCGGCCACGAGGUCUGGACUCAGGGAAACACGCACUCCGUUCCCCCAAGUCCCACAGCCGCACACCAACCGUACACAACAGUGGCAAAGUAAUGAGGAGCCGAGGUGUUGCAGCACCUCCUGCUCUGCCCAGCCAGACCCCUCCUCUCCAGUCCACAGCCCCUUACCGCAAGCACAAGCAACGGUCCAAGGAGAACCAGAGCUCUCGUGCUUUGGGCCCUGUAGUUUCAUCAGGACCGAUGGUGGAGAAGGAACAGGUGAGGGACCUGCCCAGUGUGCUGCUUUAUGAAGGAGGAUUGGCUCAAGUGGUGCAGCGGCACGAGCAUCACCACCACCAUGAACACCAUCACCACUACCACCAUUUUUAUCAGUCCUGAAUUUUCACCUUUUGUUGGGUCAUUGAGAAAUCCCGCUGACUGACUAAACUGAACUGCAGAUCAUCAGACAUUGCUGCAGGCUUUCUCUUCCAAAACGCUGCACUUGAUCAAUGUUGACAUGGGACAAAGAAAGGAUGGUCAGACACACAGACGGUGCAGUGUUGACCUGUUGUCAACAAUGUUAUAAAAGUCUGGUCAGAUAUACAAAAGCAGGAGUUUGAAGCAGGGCAGAGGUUCAGAGCGGAGGUUGAAGAGGAGCUAAAGGACAUCAUUAUCCCACUACAGCUGUGGACCAGCACCACAAUGGUUCCAGAUGCCUAGUGCCAACAAGCUUUUGGUAAACUGACAGUUGAAAAGACAAAAGCUGUUGUAAAGAUGAUUUUAUAAAGGAAAAUCAGUGAGAGGGCAGCGGGGAUGUUGGUGUAAGUGUGAAGAAUUGAUGAUUGUGUGUGAGUGCAUGUGUGUGAGUGUCACAACACUGGUGUUUGUUAAAAACCACUUAGAGUGUGCUCCCAGGAGCGUGAGUAUUUAAAACAGUUUGAAGGAGGAAAAAUGAAGAUUCUGUUCUAAACUAACAUUAUAUCAUUAAUGGGAAGGAAACAUAUGAAGUGUUUUGAGUUAGAAAAACAAAACAAACAAAAAAAAUCCAAAAUCCGCUGCUACCUCUAAUCUUAUUCUAAUUGUUAUGAUAGUGUCUUGACUCAGCAUCCAGAGGUUAUUUUUAAAAACGUUUGGGAAGUUUUUUUUUUUUUAAAGAUAUUUUGUCUUGUGUCUUGGUCGAAAGAACUGAAGUAUCCAGAAGCUCCUUAAUUUUAGUAACUUUAACUGUACAUAAGGUAUAUAUUGGUAUCAAUUUUACAAGCUUUAUUCAUAAUGUGACAUUUUUUAAUUGACUCUCUGAAACUCUACUUUCCUUUCCUACAAAAAUGCAUUUUUAUGACCACUCGUUGUUUCACUCUGUCUACAACACUUCAAACUCCGUCACCUCUCAGUUUUUUAAGCUUUUCAUUCUGUGUCUGCAAUCUGAUGGCGUUUAUUUCUGCAGCGACAAAACUACACUCCUGGCUCUCAACAGUGUUUUUCACCACUCUUGGUGAAAAUACAUGAACUUAAGGACUUGCUCAAAGGUACAUGGUUAUACCUUUACAAAUGUUUACAGAGCUUUCAGGCCUUUUACCCCUGAUAUCAAAGAUACACAUCUUGUAAAGCUGUGCAGGUCUUGGUCUUUGUGCCAAACGGUGUGUUUAAAUUUAGUACCACAAACCAUAGCAGCUUAAUCACAUGUACACAAUGCUAGGAACACAGAAUUACAGCAGUCAUGCAAAAUAUUUGCCAUGAUGUAGGUAAGCUAUGAUUUUGUUAUUGUUUUGUAUUUACACACAGUCAGUCAAAAGCUAUAUUUUUAUUUUUUUUUAAUUUUUGAUCCAACUUUUUUCUUCAGAAAGUGUGUGUGUUUGUUAUUCUCUUCCAGCAUGGCAUUUCCUCACCAACCCACAGGGGGGCGGGAUUGCAGCUCUGAUCAUUUUUUUAUUCUGCAGUAGACCACUUCACAUUUUUUGGAAAUGGCAUUAUGAAAAAAAAAGUUUCCAAACAAAAGGGGGAAAAUCCAUUUUUCAUAUUUUAAUUUUAAAGUUGCCAUUUUAUGUUUUUGUUUCAGACAUUUCAAGUCUUUAAUAGAAGACUUUGACCUUGUCAUGCAACACUUAUUUUUCAGUAUACCAGAUUUUUUCAAAUGUACAUUUCCAAUCAAUCUGCCUCAAUGUUGUCAUGUACCACAGUUUCCCUUUUUGGAUUUUGGAAUUGUGACAUUAAAGCCAACAUUUUCCCAGUAGCUCUUUUGUGCAGCUCCUGACCUGGGGUCAAACAUCUCCCCCCUGUGUUUCCGUGGCAUCUUCCUGUCCCGCAGCUGUCAGCAGGUCUUUGUUCAUGGUGCAGCAAUGAUAGGAUCCUUUCAGCUGUCUCAUUCUUUUGGUGCCGGAUAACACAGAGCCCGGCCCGCAGUCUCCAACAGCCCCAUAACUCACUACUGUCUCCUCUGUCCUGCCCACAGGGUCUGUGUGCUUGUCUUCCACCACACUCUUCUGCUGGUGCUACUAUAAACACACAGUUGUUGAUGGCAGCAGAAUUGCAGUAUGUUCUUCUUUCACUUCAAUCGGGCUUGUCUCUUCUCUAGAGUAAUGAGUGAAAGUGUCCUAAAUAUCACACAUUUUAACUAGAAAGUGUUCGUCAUUAUCACAGGGAUGUUUACCUAUGGAUUUCUCAGCUGUGCUCCAUUACUUCUCCUACUUUAAACACUAAAUAUAUCUGGUUGUGUGAAAAUGUUUUUUUAAAAAAGAGGAAAAAGUUAUAAAAUUACUACAAUUUACUUUUGUUUUCCACUACAAAACUAAACUAAAACACACAGAUUUAUGGAGUAUAAAAAUAAAAAUGUAACUAAAUUUAAAACAUCCAUUAUUUUCUCCUUCCCUUAAUCGUGUGGUGGCCUAACCUUUUCUACAUAAGUCCACUGUCCCAACACACGGAGGCAUUCACAGCUACAAAUCUACACUCUAUUUAAAACAAUAGACAGACUUACAACUGCUGUUCCCAAAUAAAACAAAAUGAAUACAAUUACAAUUCAGUUCAAGUUCCCCCACUGUGGUAAAAACAGAGAUAAAAUAUUUAAAUUGGAAUUCAAUGGCCUUGCUGAGCACCUUUCCCCUUCAAAAGCUCCACGCCCCCCACUUUGUACUUUACUGCCUUAAUCUUUUUAGUUAACUGUUUUAUUGUGGUGUUACAUCUCUCUCUCUCUCUCUGUCUGUCUCUCUCUCUCUCUCUCUCUCUCUCUCUGUGUGUGU